AUUAUUAAAAGAUUAAAUUUUAAAUAAUGCCUAAAAAUAAAGGAAGAGGUGGUAAGAAUUAUAGAAGAGGAAAAAAUGAAAAUUUAACCAAGAGAUAAUUGGAGACAAAAGAGGAUGGACAGGAUUAUGCUUAAGUUAUAAAAUUGUUGGGUAAUGGAAGAUUGAUCUGUGUAUGUUUGGGUGAUAGCAAAUAAAGACUUGGACACAUCAGAGGAAAAAUGAGACGUAAGGUUUGGAUAUAGAAUGGUGACAUUGUGCUUGUUGCAUUGAGAGAAUUUUAAGAUGAAAAGUGUGAUGUUGUGUAUAAAUAUUUCCCUGAAGAAAUCAAAUAGCUCAAAAAUCUUAAAGAGAUACCAGAAGUAUUAUAGUUUAUCAUAUUAAGAAUUUAGAAGAAGGAGGAGGUGAUAAUCUUGGAGAUAACGUUGUAUUUGUUAAUAAAGAAGAAUCAUCAAGUUCUGAUUCAGAUUUAAGUGAUAGCGAUUCUGACGAUAGCUCUGAUUCUGAGCCAAAAUAGGCAUAAAAAUAAUAGCCCUAAAAGCCAUAGCCAUAAAAAGCUUAAGCGCCUGCCAAAGAUAAUAAAGAAAAAAUAACCAAGAAAGAUAUCGACGAUAUUUGAACGAUUUAAAAUUUAUUUUGCCUAAUAAAAUCAAUUCAAUUAAUCUAUAU